AUGUCCUGAGGCAUCUGCAGAGGCAUCACUGCUCUGAGAGCUGUGGGAGUGUUGGACCAGGAUGGAUUGAGAUGCUGCUCCUUACCCUCUCCUGUUUAGCUUCCCUGACCAGCAGUGUCCAGGCAGGGUUUGUUUCUCAGCAUUCUCAGCACAGAAGAGCUGCAGAAUAUUCACAUGUGGGGUGUGGCCUCCGACCAUCCUACGAGUCUUUCCAGAAGACUGGCAAGAGGAUUGGCACAGGGACAGACGUCAAGCCUGGGGAAUUCCCGUGGCUCGUGAGCAUCCAGAGCCACGGGAAGCACAUCUGUGGAGGCACCAUCAUCAGUGCACUGUGGAUUUUAACUGCAGCCCACUGCUUUGCAGAUGAGCUGCCACCAGAUCUGACAGUGGCAGUGGGGGGAGUUAACCUCAGCAUCCCACUGGAGGAGCACAACCCGGACAGUCUGAUCCUGCACGAGGAGUUCAACAGAACCAGCCUGCAAAAUGACAUUGCCCUGAUCCUGCUGAGCAACCCCAUCGAGUUCAGCACCAAGAAAAUUCCCAUCUGCCUGCCCUUUGUGUGUGACACAGGCACGUGGAAGCACUGCUGGGCUGCUGGCUGGGAGAGCACAAAUGCAGCAUCCCGUGUGCUGCAGAAAGCAAGGAUGAAGCUGAUCAGCAGGGAGAAAUGCCUGAAGCAGAUCCCACACCUCGUGGAGGGCAUGAUGUGUGCUGAGACAGAGCAAGGAGAAGGAGAAGGAGGAGGAGGAAGCUGCCAGGUGGACAGCGGGGGACCUCUGGUCUGCAGCUACUGGAACACCAUGAAGUGGUUCCAGGUCGGCAUCAUCAGUGGAGGAAAGCCAAACCACAGGAUUUUAACACCUGUUUACAGCUACCAGGACUGGAUUGAGAAGGAAACAGCCAUUAGGGGAAAACCUUUCUUCCCUGAGGGUGUGGACAGCGGAGCACGUCUCAGGGUUGCUCGUUCCAGGGCUGGAACACAGGUGGUGUCCCUGGGAUUCUGGAAGCCAUGGACAUCAGGAAAUAUUUCCUAAUGUUGCAAUCUCUUCAGCUGCGGAAUUGUUUCCCCCAGAGGAAAUGAGAGAAGUCCUCCUGCUUAAAUUAUUUUAAUGUAGGGGUUGUAUAAAGCACUUUUGUCUCCAGCACAUGGCAGGGAAAAAGCCUGGGCUUACAGGGGCCUGCAAAAUGACCCAGUAGGUCUUUUCCAUCAGAAGAAUUUGCAAAUUGAUCAUGGGCUGUGCUAAAUGAAGGCAGGGCACUGCUGCUCUGGGCUUUGAUUCAUCCUGCUCUUUAUUUAUUCAAUGGAUUUGGGGAUAAGUUUGUGCUUGGUGCCUCAAUUUCCCUGCUUGUAAAUGAAAGAAGCUCACUUUCCUAUGUGGAGCAUCACUUCUGCAAGUUCAGACCAGCAAAGAAAUAAACAGGAAAAACCUUU